UAGUCGACGAAGUGCCAACAUGGCGGACGGCGAAAUGAAAAGUCGGAUUUUGCCAGAUGAAAAUAUACUCUAUGACCUCUCUGUGCCAGCGGAAUGGCAACAGGAGUGUGAGAAUGCGAAUCGUCAUGAAAAGGCCAAGGAGAGGUCUCAAGUCUCAAUUGUUGGAAGAUUUCAGUCUACUUCCCAAUAUGUUUUGUGGACCUUUCUUCGAAGUAUUGGUUUCCCCCUGAGAACAGCAAGUCCGUGUGCAUUACCUCCAGAUCUUGUCCGACUUGUCACUUGUCAACUUCACUGGCAGAUUGCUGUAGGAAAUGAUGGCAAAGAUGUUGCCAUACUCCAGGAUCAGACAGUUGAGAUUAGGUCAACGAGAGAUGAAUUCAGCACAGUUCAUGGGCGGUGUGCAGUUUCGAGGGACGCCCGCCCACAGUGGAGGAAAAUUGUCUGGAGUUUGGAUAGUACCAUGUUGGCUUGUUCAGACAGUUAUGGGAACGUUGAUGUAUUUGAUGUGGUGGGAACCAAGUUGUGUACGAUACCUAGUGCGACCUCCAACAACCCAAACCAUCCCAUUGAUCUCAGUAGAGCAAUCGCUGGACUCGUCUUCACAACUUACAAACCUCCGACAGAAGAUGAUAUUUGGAAAAUUCAGCUGCUUGUGAUCAAUUAUCAAGGUGCACUUGGCAGUUAUCUGAUCAGUCGAGACAGUGGUUAUAGGAAAGAGCAUAGCUUCUACUUCACCUCGCAGUACCCCAGUGGCCUUAGCUGUGUGGAAUAUGAUCACCAACACAACCUGAUACUGGUAGGAGGCACUGGGAGGUCAGUCACAGAUGAGGGCACAUCUGCUGCCACACAACAAGGCAUCACUGCUUGGAGGUCCAUCUCCAUUUCUCCUUACUACAAGAUGAUUACUGAUUAUGAAGAGGACAAAGCCAAAAUGCAAAGAAGUCGCAGUUUUUUGGCCAAGCUUGCUGCAAUGAAGCCAAGAUGGUCCAGAGAGCAGCCAGAUGGCAUCUUCAAGAUGUGUAUUUCUCCUGAUUGUAACCUCCUGGUAUCAAUCCACCAUUCAGGCAAGCUGUCACUGUGGGAGAUGCCCUCCCUGAGGUUGAGGCAAGCAUGGACUGAGGCUGAUCAGCCUGGCCUCGACGAGAUUAAUCCUGCUAUUGUUGAGAAUCCAAGGAGAAAGAUUGCGAGGGAGUACACCACUUCUCCAAGUGUCAUUGACGUGAACUGGUGGUCUGACUUGGCGCUGAUUCUUGCGCGUUGUUCUGGGUCCGUGACGGUGUCAUCCGUCAAUGAAUUAAGGAAUCUUCUUGGCAAGUCUCCAGAAUGGUUUGAACCAUCACCGUUUGUGUCAACUGCUCAUGACGGAGGUUUCCUCGGUCUAGAGUGCGAGUGCAAGUAUUCCAGCUUGAAGCGUCACCUGGUGGUCAGCGAUGAUGAUGAGGAAGACAGCGAUGAUGAGGAUGUUGAUGACAUCACGUACUUCCAGCGGACGACGUACUACAUGAAGCAUGUCCUGUAUUACGUGACGGACAGUGAGAGAUUCAGACCACCCAGGAAGAAGCCAAAAGUUGUACACAGGACGUAUCGUCUAAUCUCUCUUAAGUCGACCACCCCAGAGGAACUCUAUGCCAAAAGGCUUGACAAUGAAGAAUAUGGUGAAGCGUUGGCACUUGCUCAGGCUUACGGUCUUGACUGUGAUCUCGUGUAUCAGAGACAGUGGAGGAACACACCUGUAUCUGUCGCUUCUAUCCAGGACUAUUUGAGCAAGAUUGUGAAGCGAUCAUGGGUGCUGCAUGAAUGCCUUGAGAGAGUUCCAGAGAGCAUAGAAGCCAUGCGAGAGCUGCUCCAGUAUGGGCUGCGCGGCACUGAUCUGGAGGCAUUGAUAGCUAUAGGAAAAGGAGAAGACAGAGGGAGGUUUAUUCUCUGUGAUAAUGAAGACUACUUGUCCCUUGAAGAAGAGUUUGAUGGCUUUGACCUUGAGGCUCAUGAGGAGAGGGUGAAGGAGGCAGAGAGACAGCGCAGAGCAGAAUUGACAAAACAGGUCAACUUUAAAAUGCUUAACCUUGAGCAAAGAGAACUGUGUCGCGCUCGCACCAAGCUGCUGCAGUAUCUCGACAGGCUGGCCACUUAUGAGAUGAUUCUUGGCGGUGCCCAUGUCGCUGAGGAACACUUUGACCACAAGGUCUAUGAAAAAUUUCGCGCGCAGAAUAUCCUGGAGGCUACAGUGGACUUUGCCAGGGCUUGCGACUACCGAGCAGUGGAUCAUCUCCUCACCUACCAUGCUGAAGACCUCGUCCCUCACAGGUUGGCGAUCAUCUCCAAUUUCCCUGAGACGAUGUCGCCAGCGGACUAUCGGGAUCUCUUACCUGAAGCAGGUAUGCGUAUUGAUGACCCUGAAGUGUUACCCUGGCAGUGUGACUUGUGGAGAGAGAAGGACUGGUGUGAGGGUGAUAUAUGUAGGGCGGCCAUUGAUCCAACACCUAUUGAUCUUGGUGCUGGUCUCUAUGAAGAUAACACAGACUACCUCCAAUUUAAGACUGCCUCUAUUUCUAAGAGUUUAUUGACCGAGUGGUACAUCCAUCGAGCCUGUGAGAUUGAGAGGCUUUCGCGACUUGUUGAUUACUCCCUUGAGCUCAUCAAGUUUGGAAUGGAAAGAGGGGUGGAGGGUCUUGAAGCUCUCCAUGAUGACCUUGUGACCCUAGAAACAUUGGUUUAUGAAGGUCAUGCCGAGGACAAGUGGACACUGAACAAGUUCCAAAAGCUCUCGAGCAUUGAGAAGCUGUGUCUUCUUAUGUCCAAGUCGAGUGAUGAAAUGUUUGAGAAGAACAUGCAUCGUUGGUUGGUGCCAUUCUUGGAGCGAUGUGACCGCCUGAAUCCUGGCAGUGGCUCAGACCUGAUGAGGAGUUACCUGGUUGAUCUGGCUAUCACGGAUCUCACCCUCUGUUGCAAGGUGUUUGAGAACUCGAGAUCACAUCAAAGGCAGCCUGUCAUCAAGAACGAGUAUGAGCUGAUGUCAAUAGCCCUGGAAGGUGUCUAUGCCUGUGAAAGGGAUGACCAGCUUGCCUUGUCUACAGCAAUCCUCGAAUGUCUACCACAGCGGAAGAAAGAACAUUCUGGGGAUAUCAUCAAACUACACAACCUGGUCGAUGAGCUUGAAAGACACCUCCACGCUGCCUCGAUCCUACAGAAACAUGGACUUCCCAAGACUCUGGCUUAUAUCAGAGACACCCAGAGAGACUUUGAAGAGACCAAGAACCUGUUUACCAAGUUGUCACGGUUCGCGGGAAGACGGGUGCCGCAUCCAAACGAACUGCAAUGGAAGACUCUGCUCCAUGAUAUGCUGGACCUGUGUACAGGGUUGAUGAAGUCAAUGCAACCAAAGCUAGUCUAUGAGAUUUUCACCGAGAGUCUCCUGUGCUCCAGCAACCUUAACAGUAUCAAACUUGCCAGUGAAAUGAUGGAGUGUGGCAGCAAUGAGGCUCACAGCAGCACUGGGUCAGGCCUACCGAGUGUCCUACUCCAACCGAAAGUCGAGUACAGGAGAGCCUUUGAACUGGCACUGAAUGCAGCGAGGGAAUACUUCAACUCAUCUGCAAACCUCAUUGAUCCAUGCAUGCAUUUAGCCAAAUCGUGCCUUCUGCUGAUCAAAGAUAAAAACGUUGAAAUCCAGCAAGAACUUGACCUCAUCGAUUCUCUCGGCCUAUUGAACGAGUUUGGAAUGAACAUACUUCCACUUCAAGUGCGUCUCAACAAGGACAGGCUUGACUUGGUGCGCCAGGCGCUCAACUCAAAAUCCACGAACUACAUUCAUGCGGAGAAGCUACUAACCCUUGGUCACCUGCUGCGGGUGGGUGGUGAGGAUCUGAUGGAUGAGGAGGGGAAGGUAUUGAAACUGGUGGCUCAGGCUGCAUUAAAGGCCAAGGAUUUCAGGAUUGCCCACAGUACUUGUAUCAAGUUGAUGGCAUCAGGAUAUGGGCCAGUAUGGACAGAAUGUGAAAAACUGGCUGAGACGAAUGAAUUUCAUGAUAUUCAAGCAAAAGUGAAGUUGUUGUCCUUUGCUGUGACCCACUGCACACCUGAUAUGAUUGAACCAAUCUUGAGGGCAAAAUGUCUACUUGAGACUCAGAUCAUCUUCGAGAAGGUCAACACAAUAAUGGAACCAGAACAAAACUCACGCCUCAGUCCAUUCUCUGCACGUGGCGCCCUCGAACAGACAAAAGAGAUCCUAACAUCGACCAAGCAGACGACACGCCAUGUGCUGUCGACAGUCAGCGAUAAGUCUUGGUGGAAGAAUACGUUAAAGACGCUCCACCCGAUGAGACAACAGAGUGAGAUGUUGAUUGAUGAAAGAGAUGAUGGGAACCAGGCGAUGGAGAUACAGGGAUGUCAUCCAUUUUAUGCAGGCAUCAUGGAGGGAGCUUAUCUUGACAAGAGUCAAGCAAGAUAUGACAAAUCUACCAGCAUGGUACGUGAGGAUAACCUGCAUGAGCUGUUGUUCCGUACAGCCAAGCUGGAGGAGACCCUGACUGAAGGAGGCACUCAGCAACAUGCCACUGAAGUGCUCAUACAGUUGGCUCAAGAUUCCAUCAGCCGAGACACUACUUUAGGUCUGGCGUAUUUGUUGACUCUGAAUAAGAUGACCGAUGCUGAAGGUUGUUUGGACAGCCUACCAAGGACUGGUCCUACUCUUGAACUAGCUGCCUACUACUAUGCCCUACAAGUGUACAACAUCUUGCAGCCGUACAACGAACCUCGCUGGAACUCCCUCUACACCCAACCUCCAGCCAAGGUCAUCCAGGGCGUCAUCAAACUGGUCACCAGGAACAAGAAGGAUGAAUGGUCACCGGACGUCAAGGAGCUGAUACCUAAUCUGUUGAAGUAUCAUGAUCUGUUGAGCGACUUCACUCAGGCUCAGAUACUCCAGGGACUUGGCAGGGGGGUGAAUGUUGGCCGAUUUACUAAGGAUCAUGAGUACAAGAGGGAAACCAUCCUCGGCUUGGCCAUGACGCUUGAUGCCCAUGUACUUAAGAUAGCCAAGACCCUGGCUGAGAAGUAUGACCUACCACUGUGGGAGCUCUACGUUACUCAUCUUGAGUUUCUCUUCUCAGAUAGUGGCCUUGCGACAGACGAACUUGAGAAUCGUGUUAACGGCAUGAACGUGCUUGCCUUACUCAAGCAGAAUGCUGACCAGUUCCGUGUGCGCAUGAAGACUUACAUCUACCCGACGAUCGAAGGCACUGACUACGACCGCUUGAUCUAUUACUACACACUACUGGAUGGAUGCGAGGGCAAGGAGAAACUCUCGGCUGACACUCACAUCAAGUUGCUCAAGAAGAUCAAGGCCAUUAUACCGAAUAUCGACUACAAGAAGUUAACAGAUGUUGAGCAUGAUUCCCUGGAUCUGAUUCAGCCUCAUCUGACUGCGAGUAACGUGCAGGGCAUUGCCAAGCUUGCCCCAAAGAUACCAGAUAAGGGUGAUGGUUUCCUCAAUAUGAGUGGUAUCUUUGCUCUCUGGGCUCAGCAUGUCUUCUGGCAGGGUGACCAGGCCAGUAAGAAACAACCAGAAUCAUUGGGUGAAUGGAUGCAUCGCUAUGAAUUGAGUGCAGAAUUCUUACAAAAGCUCAUCCCGGUGGAUGCCAUUCGCUUCAUUGAUGGCAUCACAUUCGCCGAGGCAUCAUCCAAGCUGUCUGUUGAGUGUCGGGCGGAGAUCGUGAAGAGAGUGUUGAAAUAUUCUCGCCAACAGGGUAGCAAGAAAAAGAAGCAGGAUGACUCAAACCUUACUGUCACUUGGGAGAUGGCCAGUCAGCACUUCCAGCAGUCUAGUGUCCAUCUUGAGAGACUGAAGCAGGAGACGUACCUGGCCAUGGUGGCAUCUGAUGAUGAAAAGGUCAGGAGCUAUGCUGGCGAGUUUGACCAGUCAAGGUCACUUCCAGAAAAGCUUGAGUCUCUGUUGAUUCGUAUGAUCCUCGAUGGCCAGACCACUGAGAUGAUCGAGGACCUGCUAGAGUUUGCUCCGCUGGAACGAUGGACGCCUGCCACGGCAGUCAAAGAGGCUGUGCAGCACAUCGUCGACCAGCUCCGGGAUCACGGUGGGCAGAACGUCAGCAGCAUUCUACGAGAGAAGACUCCCCUGGAGGGGUUGAAGAACUUGGUGGAUGCUGUCCGUGACCAUCAGGAAAAUGAAGGUGAACUGGUUAGCCAAGAUGAUGUGUUGUUAUUGGUGCGGCCAUUUGUCUCAGACAGUACGAUUGCCAUUCAGCCGAGGCUGGACAUCCUACAGAUCCUGGAACAGGCAUUUGAACUCUCGGAUGAGGACCUGGUCCUUCUCAUCCUAUACCGGACAGAAGCCAUCGUUGAGACGACUUGGAAGGAUCGGCAAGUGACUGCAGAUGACAUUGUGUCAGAUGGGAAGAGAGAGGGAUUGUUCCUGAGUCUUCUUGAGUCCAGUUGUGACAUGAACCAGUUGCUGGCCCUGAGGAAUCUGCUUCAAGUUUGGCCACCCCUCCAAGCUGCUCAAGCCAGCCCCCCUCAGUUACAUCCAUGGUGCAAGCUCUUCCAUCUGAUGGUCACCAAGGAUCCAGAGAGAGGUUCUUCCCAUGUUGUUGAUUCACUCAAACAGUUCAAAGUGUCACCAAUGUCUAGUCAGCAUAUCAAGUUCUUGUUUGAAGUGAUGCUGAGCCAGGGGCAGCCUGUGCCAGCGGUGAAGUCUAUCUUGAUUGCCAGAGAUGAUGACCUGUAUGAGACUGCCAUCAACGAGCUACAGUCACAUACAAAGGCAUAUAACGAUAGCGAGAUGUUAAAACUGCUUCUUCAGUGCCAUCUAGCAUCUAAGAUUGUUACAACCCACUAUUAUCCACCAUUAAUAGAGUACUUGCUGUCACAUCAACCACCAGAUGAGGAGUCACAGGCCUAUGCUGAUAUUGAAGAUAUUGCCCACGAGUUGGCGGAGAGUGGAUUCGAUACGGAGGCGGGAUCAUUACUAUUACAACACCGAGGUACCCAUCCUGCGCUCCGGACUUUUGAUGCUGCGCUUGGACUAUUAUCAAAAUGGUUUAAGAAGGAUUGAAAUGACAUUGCUAUUGUGGUCUGUGGAAUGGAGUUAUCUCCCAAGACGCUUGGUUAAGAGUAAAACUUUCCUUGUGGUUGUCACCUGGAAAUCUGUUACGAACGAGAGCCUCAAGAUAAGUCCCCUCUAUAGAGGAGCUAUCUGUAAUUGCCUCAAGACACUUGGAAUACAUGUAUGCUCAAUUCAUAUUUGAAAGUGCUUCUCGUGGCUUAAAUGUGCUAUAAACGUUACAAGAGGUGAAGGUGCUGUGAAAAUUGAAUCAAUUAUUUGACUUUGUGUAAUUUAUUUUGAUUAAUGAACCAACUUAUUUUUGGGGAUAGGGCCAGAGGAAUGGGUUUGUGUGACCCAGGUGAUGAGUGGAUUCAUAAACUAUCGGGUUGGAAUAUAGAUUUGAAAAAUGCCACAAUUCAAACCAUGUGAGAGCACAACAGUAUGUGUAAUGAUAUGAUGAUAUGAUUCCUUGUUCGAUUGUGCAAUAAAAUAUACU